GUCCUGAUGACGCUGUCUGGUCUUCUCCRUCCAGGCUCAGCCAGCUUGCCUGUGCUCCGUGGAAUAAACACGACGAUGUUGCCAACUGCUGUGUUCCUUGUCAACUGAAAGAACGGCUCAGUUGAGAGUAAACAAUCCUGGAUUUCGCGUUAAAUUAAGCUGGAGACAAAUUGCUGGUGGACGCUCGGUUUUUACAAUUGAAGAAGUGGACAGGAGACCACGAAAUGCCUCUGCUGUUUCUGGAGAGGUUUCCCUGGCCCAGCCUGCAGACCUACACUGCACUGAGUGUGGCUUUGCUGGCUGGCAGCAUCUUCAGUGCCUAYACUACUGUCACUGACCCAGGGUUUGGGGCCUUGGAAACGGAUGAUACGCCAGCUCCCUCUGAUGUUGAUCUUGAACAUCUGAGCAAUGCAGUUGGUAACACAGAACUGGCCAGAACUGUCUUGUGGUAUCUAAUUACAGACAGUCUAUUUGUAUGGGUGCUAGUGAACACAUUUUGCUGCUCUUUGAUGUUAAUUGCAAAAAUGAUUCAGUAUGUGGUUUUUGGGCCCCUCAGAGUCAGUGAGAAACAGCAUCUUAAGGAUAAAUUCUGGAACUUCAUCUUCUACAAGUUCAUUUUCAUAUUUGGAGUGUUGAAUGUGCAAACCGUAGAAGAAGUGGUCAUGUGGUGUUUGUGGUUCUCAGCCUUGGUCUUCCUCCAUCUCAUGGUUCAGCUCUGCAAAGAUCGCUUUGAAUAUCUUUCUUUUUCCCCAUCAACCCCGAUGAACAGCCAUGUAAGAGUCCUGUGCCUGCUGGUCUCCCUGCUCCUGGACUGCUGUGGCCUGGCUGUGGUCUGUGGCCUGCUAGGAGCCUCCCAUGGCAUGCACACACUCUCCUUUAUGGCUGCAGAGUGUCUGUUGGUGACGGUUCGCACUGGACAUGUCAUCAUGAGGUACUCCAUCCAUCUGUGGGAUCUGAACCAUCCAGGAACCUGGGAGAGCAAAGGCACAUAYGUCUACUACACAGACUUCAUCAUGGAGCUGGCUAUGCUCUUUCUGGAUCUGAUGCAUCAUAUCCAUAUGCUGCUGUUUGGUAACAUCUGGCUGUCCAUGGCGAGCUUGGUUAUCUUCAUGCAGUUGCGAUAUCUGUUCCAUGAGGUCCAGCGGCGCAUUCGCAGACACAAGAACUACCUUCGAGUCAUCAACAACAUGGARGCCAGGUCUGUUGUUUUCUGUCCACACUUUGCAGGAUCUCGCAUUGCCAGCUGGCUGCCCAGUUUUUCUGUUGAAGUAAUGCAUACUACUAAUAUAUUGGGCAUGGCUCAGGCUAACAACUCCCAGCUUAUGGCCAUGGCACAUCAGAUUCAGGAGAUGUUCCCUCAGGUGCCCUCCUACCUUGUUAUUCAGGACCUGCAGCUGACCCGUUCUGUUGAGGUCACCACAGACAACAUUUUGGAAGGACGAAUCCAGGUGCCUUUCCCURCGCAGGCCAUAGAGCGCGGUCCGCUGCAGGGGAGCCAAGCAGAAGACGAGCAGCCAGGUCCCAGCGGAGAAGCAGAGCAGAACCCCAGUGAGUCAGAUAACAUGGAGGCCAGAGGCGGUCGCUUCUCCAAGUCUGCCGAGGAGAGGCAGAAGAUGCUAAAGCUGAGAAAAGAAGAAAUGCUCCAGCAAGCGCGCAGGAGGUUUAUAAACAAGGGUCAAGAAGACGAUGAGGAGGACUUGCCCAGACUGGAAGAGGACUCUCUCGCAGAACUGGACUCCACUGUGCUGAGGCGUAGAACCAUGGCAGCAGCUGCAGAGAGACGCAUGCAACACCAAGAGGAUCCUGCGCCCUGAAACGCAUAAAGGACUUGAGCAAGAAAGUAUACCACUUCAUCAUCCUAAGAGGCAACAAGACCUAUUUCAGCCUUCCCCAUUUGGUCUAGUCAAUAGUUAUCACCUUUGUAAAAUUCUUAAUUAAAAAGCAUUGCAAAUAUGGCCUGUGGACUGUUCUGGGCAGCCUGAAGAAGGUGAGACUAUUGAAAGUGGCCUCUGCUAUUCCAUCCUGAGUAUUUGGAGCAUAAUAGAAAGUGAUGGGUUUGUGGCAAGUAAGACUUGCAAGGUUGCAUCGCCCUCUGCUCACAUGCUACGCAUUGCAACCUCCAGCUUAGACAGUAUCUGUCAAUAUUUGGACUGACUGUCAAAAAYGAGCACAUUUUGCAUUCAGACACAAUUACAAGAACAUAUUUUUUUGAGCGUUGUCGGAAAGUGUCAUUUCUAGAUGAAGCUACUGAGUCUUUUUAUUACUUUUGGUCUCUUGCUUUGCUAAUGGCAGAAACACCAUAUUCCUGAUGAAGAAAUUCAUCUGAUCUAUUUGUGUGUACAUUUGAAUAGUUUCAACUGUGAAAUAAGUAGCAAAGCUUUUAUUUCUUACCUUGGRGUAAGAGAAUGUCACUUUAAUAUUGGUCAGCCUUUCAGUCAACCAUGAAUGUUUCUAUCAAAAGAAAUGCUGCAAACAAAGUGUUUUUGUUUUUGACCCACAAGGGUUGUUCUGUGUUAAGUGUUAUAUCGCCCAUUGUAAACAGUUUGCAUUUUGUUAUUUAACAAGAUGGUGAAAGUUUGGCAUGUAAAUCUUUUUCUGAUGCUGAUUUCCAGCAAAUGGGGAYGGAUAACAUUAACAAGUACACUGGGUGUUUUCCUCUCUUUUUAAAAUGACCCUCAACUGAUGAGCAGGUAAAUGUUUUCAGMUGAGUGUGGGGUUGUAAGUGAUAUUUAUAGGGUAUAAAGUUGUUUAGUCUGCAGCAGCUGCACUUGCUGCAUGUUCCUGSUGGAUGUUAAGAAUCUUGAAUACCUUGCCUAUAAAAAAAUUAUUUUAGUACCUCAGCAAAUUACUGGACCUAAAAUGUUGUGUUUGUUUAACUCCUAUAAAUCGACUGAAUUAAGAUCUAUAAAGAGACYCAUUUGUGCUGCCAUUGUGUAAUCUGCAAACUAAAAAGGAAAACCUUAAAUGCCGCUAACUUCAUUUGUUUCUAAAGUACACUGAUGGACAGAGAAACUUUGUCUCUUGAAGCUUGAAUGCGUUCCUGAUUGAGACAUAUCAACAAAGGAGUGGAGAUUGUGGAUCACUGCAGUGUAUUAAAAAAGACAGUUUCAAAAUGCAUGAAAUGUUGACGAGCCAUUUUGUGUACAUACACCAAAGAUCGGCCCUAAAGCUUACACUCGAAGAUAAAGUGUUGUAAUUCUUUAUUUUGAAUUUUAGUUCGCUUGGUUGGGAGUGCUACAUAAAUAUAUAAUCCAGAAACUGGAAAAUUUUUUUAUUUCAGUGUUUUACUAGGCAACUUUAAAAGCCCAUUACUUUUACCUGCUCAUAUGGUUUCCUUUCAUAACUGUUACUAAUUUAAUCAAGAAUCAGAUUCUUUUUCUAUUUUUUUUUUUUUUUUUUGAUUAAGAUUUUCCAUAUUUUGUGCCUAAAUCAAGGAUGGUUUAGUUAAUUUCUGUAAAUUUAGUUUUUGUAAAAUAUGUUGAUAUGAAAGACUCAAUAAACAGAGCUACAGCUUUUCA